AUGUCAUCUCCACCCAAGACCACCUCCCCUCCACCCGUAGUAAGCUCAACUGCAUCCCAACUAGACCAAGAUGAACCACCUCCAGGUCCACCACCUCCAGCAAACGUUGCUACUCAACCCGUACAUGCCGAUCCAAAAGUCGUUGAAUUGCAUCAGAUGUUCCCGACAGUUGAAAUCUCAGUGAUUGAGCUUAUCCUCGAGACUUCGCAAGGAUCUACCGAUAGAGCUAUCGAACAGUUAUUGGGAAUGACAGAUCCGGAAUUUAAGAGUGAUGAAUUGGGUGGGACAAGGGAGGAUGCUCAAGUAGACCUAGAUGCACAAUUCGCUAGAUCAUUACAAAUGGCAGAUGAAGAAUCAUAUAGACAACAACAAGCGGAAUUUCGUUCUCGUGUCAACUCUGGUAAUAACCCUCCUCCACCUGGUGGAUUACCUUAUCAACCUAGAAUUAGACGAGGUCAAAGGCAACAACCUCAAACCCAACCGUAUAGCGAACAGGAUUUGUUUUACCAGAACCGCGAUCAAGUGUUAGAUGAUAGAUAUGGACAACAGAGAGAUGGAAAUGAAGGUCAGAACCCUCCAGGGAUGUUGGCUUUCGAAGAAAAGGUAGAGAAGUUUGCAGAGGCCGGUAAACAGACCCUCAACUCCCUAUUCUCACGAGCCAAAGCGAAAUACUCUGAGUUCCAAGCUCAACAAGCUCAAAAUAGAACCAACCAAGGAUCAAGUGGGAGUGGCUACGUCCCUGAAAACCUCUCGCCGAGCGGUGAUAGGUAUACUAGACCUCCUGGAAUUGGAGGUAAUAGAGGCGGAGAACAGAAUAGGAAUUUAGCAGGAGGUGGUGGUGGCGGAUUGUGGGAUAGUAGAUCACCGAGUCUGAGAUCGGAAUCAAUCUCAUCUCAAAGCACUUUCGAUGCUCCUCCUCAAUCACAGGCCCAAGCUCCUUUAAGACAAAGCUCAAAUAGAUGGCAACCUCCUGAUGCCUACGAUGAUCCCCUACCACCUGCUAGGACAAUGAGCGGAAACAGGAUCGAAAUUACCAGUGGGCGAAGUACGAAUAGUGGAGUUGGUAGUCCCGAAAAACAAAUUGGCAAGAUUGAUCCUGUUAAACUCGGAAUCUUACCUAAGAAACGAGUUGAUCUAUUGUCGACAUCACCAUCAUCAUCCACCGAUGCCGGUACCAAUGUAUUAACAAGGAAGGACGACGACGAUGAAGAUGAUCCAAAUCCUUCAUUACCUAACGCCCCCGAAUCGUUAGUUUCCAAAAUCCCACCUACUCCACCUGCAGGAGAUGAUAGGUAUAGAUUGGAGGAUAGUGAUGAUGAAUUGGAGUAUACCAAGAAUCCAUUUGACGAGAAGUAA